GUCUAUAUCUAAAAUUCAAAAAUAGAAAAAUUUGAUACAAAAUUUUAAAAUCAUACUAAAUAGUGUUAAAUAAAAAAUAAAGUUUUUUAACAAGUAAAGUGUAAUAAAUUUGUAUGUAAACUCUUUUAAAUUCUUCACCUUUGAUACGAAAAAAUAAAAAAUAAAUAAAAGAACGCGUCGCGCGUCUUAUUUUGUUGGCUCCACUGGUCAUUAGUUUGGUGCUGUGUUUAACGAUUUGGUUAUGUCAAGAUAUUAUCACCGGCAUUAUAAUAUAUAUGACAUUCAAUAAAUAUUAACAAAUAUUCAGAAAAGUUAUCAAUAAAAGUUGUCUAUUAAAUGUUAUAAUAUUAUAAUAACAUAUUUGAUACAAAAAUGUCACGACUUGAUAAGUUAAAUUUAAGCGGUAUACGGAGCUAUGGACCUGACGAAAAGGAUGAACAAACAAUCCAAUUCCAAUCGCCACUAACACUAAUUUUAGGGCAAAAUGGUUGUGGAAAAACAACAAUUAUUGAAGCACUCAAGUUUGCUACCACCGGUGACUUACCACCAGGCUGCCAGCGGGGAGCGGGAUUUAUAUUUGAUCCAAAAUUAUCAAGUCGGUCUGAAAGCAAGGGCCAAGUCAAAUUGCAUGUAGUUCGAUCAAAUGGCGAUGAAGUAUUUGUUUGUAAAGCCCUACAAGCCACUCAGCGUACAAACAAAGUCGAGUACAAACGUAUUGAUAAUACGCUAACUGUAAGAAAACCUGGAGAAGAGGAGAAAUCUAUAAGUAGUCGUUGCGCAGAUAUUGAUGUUGAAAUGUGCGUUGCAAUGGGUGUAUCAAAAGCUAUCUUAAGUAACGUAAUAUUUUGUCAUCAGGAAGAUUCUUCAUGGCCUUUAGAAGAAGGUAAAAAAUUAAAAGAACGUUUUGAUGCAAUUUUUGAUGCUUUGAAGUACAAUAAAUGUUUGGACGUGAUUCGAAAAAUGAAAAAAACUCGACAAACGGAAAACAAGAUCAUUGUGGAAGAAGUCAAAGGCUUGGAAUAUAAGAAAAUGGAAGUCGAUAAAAAAAAGAAAAAUUUAAAAGAUGCCCAAGAUAAAUUGGAAUUAACUAUACAAAAAAUUACUGAAUUGGAAGAAAAGUUAAAACCGAUUACGGAACGUUUAGAUGAAAUUAAACAAAUUGAGUCCGAUUACGAUCAGCGACUUCGAAAUUUACAAAUGAAAAAACAACGUUUCGAAGAAUUAAAAAAAGAUAUCAAACAUAUGUCGAACGGAUUAAAAAUAUUAGAACAUAGCGAUGCGGAGCUUGCAGAUACUAUUGUGGAAUUUGAAAAACUGUUGCUUUUAAAACAAACCGAACUAGAUGAAUGGGAAGCGAAAUUAAAAGAAAAGGUCGAUGAGGAGAAAAAAUUCUUAAAAUCUUUCGGUCAAGAACAAGUUCUUGUUGGGCAGCUACGUAAUGAAGAAAAACGUAACGAGAGUCAAAAAACUAAGCGUGAUAAAUUGUUAGCCCCACUAUCGCAACAACUGGAAGUAACUUUAGAUCCAAUCACUGACUCGGAAAAAGCAGUAGAAAUAUUUGGCAUUAUUGAAAGCAAAAUUGAAGAACGAAAACAAAAACAUGAGGAUUUAAUCAAAGAACUUGAUUUGGAGGAUCAACAGCUUCAAACUAAUAUCGAUAAAUGUCGUGAAAAUAAGAUAACGAUGGAACAAAGUGUUAAAUCCAAAAUGCAACAGUUACGUGAAACGAAAGCGGAAGUUCGUAAGAAAAAGCGAGAAGUAGAUGAAGCAAAUGCUUCUUCUAGCCACUUGGAAAUUAUCAAAGAUAAACUCGAACGCAAUUCUAAGGAAUAUGAUAGUUUAACCAAUUCAUUAGAUCCAAUGGAACUUGCAAAACAAAUCGAGGAAGAAACUAGAAAACGUGAUGGUGCAGAAAAAGCACUGGAUGCUGUUGAUAAAGAAGUUAAAACAUUACAAAAAUUUAGUAAUGUACAAACCGAACUGGACGUAAAUCGUGAAAAUGUGGUCCGUAACGAAGCUGAAGUACAAAAAAUUAAAACAAAACACGAGGAAUCGCUUAACAAAUUAUUCAAUAAUGAACUCCCCGACGGUAAUUUUAAAAGUGCACUUGAUAAAAUUAAAAAGGAAGGUACUGCGAAAAUUCGCGAGCUUAAUAAUUCAAUUAAAAAAGCACAGAAGAAAGUCACGGAAUUAGAAAGUGAUUUAAAGCAUCGUAACGAAAAACAAGUAAGUUUAGAGAAGGAAUUAGAAGAAAAUAUUGCUACGGUUGAAGCACAAUGUGAAGGAAAACCUUUUGCUGAUGUUUUAAAUGACAUGAAAAAUGAAUUGGAAGAAUUACAAAAAGACAAAGGAAGUUAUUCAAAUUCGAAGUAUAUGUUUACUCGUUUUAUCGAAAAACUUGGAGAAGAAGAACCAUGUUGUCCGGUUUGUAAGCGGGAUUUUAAAGAUAAGCAACCUGAAUACGUAAAAGAAAUUAUAAACGAUAUCACAACCCAAAUUGAAGGUUUUCCUACAAAGUUAAAAGAAAUUGAAACUGAAUUGACAAAGAAACAAAAACAAUACAAUAAACUAGUCCAACUUGAAACGGUUAACGAAAGAAUUGCUUCGAUAAAAGAUGAACUUUUACCAAAAAUUAAGGAGGAAAUCAAAGAAAUAAUUGAAAAUUUAGAAAAAGCUAAAGAAGAACUUGAAAAUCUUCAACAAACUUUGACUCCCGUACAAGAGAAUCACGAUUUGGCUCAAUCGGUUUCUUCUGACGUUGCUGUCUUGGAUAAACAUUUAGCUGAGUUGAAAAAAAUCAAAACAAAAGUAGGUGAUUUAGAAGGUCAAAUGAGUACGGCAACAACAUCUACACGCACUUUACAAGAAGCCUUAAAUGAACAAGAAAAUUUAAAAUCAGAAAUGACUACUGCGCGUCGACAAGUUGACACGUUACAAACACGAUUAAACAACUUCAACGAACAAAAACAAUAUUUAUCAGAAACAAAGAAUAAACUUGUUCAACAACAGCUUAAUAUUGAAAAAAAUAUUCAGGGUAUUGUACAAAUUCAAGCUCGAUUCGCUGAGUUACAAGCCACAGAAAGCAAGUUAUCAACGGAAGUGGCUACUUUGGAAGAUGAGCUUUUACCCGUCAAAAAAGAAUUAGAUCACGCCAUCGAUAAAAAAUCGCAAGCUAAAAAGGAUAAUAAGAAGAAAAUUGAUAAAUCUCAAUCUGAAAUUCAAACUAUUCAGAAACAUUUCCAUGAAAUUAAAUCUAUUCAACAGACAAUCGAUGAAUUCGAAAAAAAAAAUAUUACGUCUCAAUUGAAUGAAGUCAUUGAAAAAAUUGAAAAAUUGAAUGAAGAAAAAGAAAAUCAUGCGAAAGAUAAACAAAAAUUACAGGCAGAAGUGGAUCGUAUCAAAAAUUUCCUUGUAAGUCAAAAGAAUUAUCGACGAGAAUUGAUCGAUAAUCAAAAGUUACGUGAGAAACAAGCAGAAGAAGCAACUAUUAAAACAGAAAUGGAAGAAUUAUCCGCUUCUAUGCAAAAAGAAAAUUAUCAAGCAGCAAUUAAAGAAAAACGUAAACUUAACGAAAGCGGGAAUCAAAUUAAAUCCGAGAAAAAUCGUAACGAAGGACGAAAGGAUGAAUUAACAAACAAUAUAGCUAAGUUAGAAAAGGAAUUAUCAACCGAAGCAAAUCAGCAAGCGGAAACCAAAUAUAAACAUAAAUUAAUGGAGCUAAAAAUCCGGGAACGUGUAGUUGAUGAUAUCGGCAAGUUUAUAAAUGCAUUAGACUUCGCUAUGAUUGUACAUCACAAAGAUAAAAUGGUACAAAUCAACCGUACAAUUCGAGAACUUUGGUCGAAAAUUUAUCGGGGUAAUGAUUGUGAUUAUAUUGAAAUUAAAACGGAACAAACCGUAUCAUCUGGAAAAGAUGGCAGACGUACAUUUAAUUAUCGUGUUGUACAAAUUCGUAACGGUGUUGAACUUGACAUGCGGGGUCGAUGUAGUGCUGGACAAAAAGUUUUGGCAUGUCUGAUAAUACGAAUGGCUUUGGCAGAAACCUUUAGUUGUAAUUGUGGCAUACUAGCCCUGGAUGAGCCAACAACGAAUUUAGAUCGGGCGAAUGUGACUAGUUUAUGUCGAUCAUUAGCAGAAAUUGUACAUGCGCGCAAAGGGCAAAAACAUUUUCAAUUAAUUGUGAUCACUCAUGAUGAACAAUUUGUUCAAGAACUAACGUCUGUCGAGCGUUUGGAAUCCUAUUAUAAGGUUGACAAAAAUUUGGAUGGUAAGUCUGUAGUUUCCCUUAUGUCAGCGAAUUAAUUAGGUCUUAGUGUCUUAACGGUCAGAGGCCAAGAAACAUUUCCAAUUAAAAUUGUGAUCUGAGAAUACAAUUUGAGUGAUUUUUUAUGGACACCCGAGCGAACAUCAAGCUCAUCAGGUGAUUUUUAUUCAAUUAUUUUUUGUGGGUUACUAAAAAAAGCGAUAGAAGGUUGGAAUUGUCUAAAUCCAAUUUGAACUUUAAGAUAAUGGAGUGAGCCUAGAUUUUACUUCCACUGUACAGUCUAAAAUUAUAAGUUUAAAAAUUACUAAAUUUAAACUUCAUACACGUUGAUGGGCAAAAAAUGUUCCAUAAUUUUAAACCUGAAUUUCAAAUGGAUGUAAAAAUGACUGAGCUUUUAGCUCGCGUCAAAAAUUCACUGAAAGAAAUUUGAAAUUUUGAAUAAAAAUGGCAUUCAAUACAAAUUCUAGAGUUCAAUUUGGAUCACCUUUUAAUUUAUAAAUUGAUUGAAAAAAUACAACAAAAAUUUGCCAAAAUAAUUUGAAAAUUGCAUACAAAAGUAUUUUUUUAAAGUUCAAA